UACCCGAGCGUUCGUAUACUCUCGGUCUGCUCGCUAUAGCUCUUCUCCAUAGCAGCACAUCAUUGAAAAACGUAGCCGGCCAACGGAAAUACAAUCUGUAAUCUAUAAAUACAAGUGUUUAACGGUCGACGAAACUCGUGCGCCAAACAGUGUGCUCGCCGCGAGCGACCGGUGUGUGCUCUCCCGCGCGAGUAUUAUAGCUGGCUCUGCUUGCCUCUUUCUUUCUCCAUCUCUGUCUCUCCCGCGCGCUCUCACUCUUUCUCUUGUAAAGUGUGUUCGCCGAGCCCGUGUGUGCCGCAUCAGCCGCGUAGCCGAGACUCUCGGCAAGUUGUGCGCCAGUCUUCGAGGUGGACGGACCGGUCGAAAAAAUGAGUCUGUCGGAACUCUAUCGCCACUACAUGGUGGAUCGAGCAGAUCCACGAACGAACAGCUGGUUUAUGGUGGAGAAUCCGUUAUACAUUUGUUCGAUAGUCUUUGGUUACGCUUACUUCGUUCUAAAAUGCGGACCAAAGUUCAUGGAGAAGAGGGAACCAUACUCUUUAAAGAAUUUCAUCUUUUACUACAAUAUAUUUCAAAUCGUGUCAAAUUCCAUCAUAGUCUAUGUCAUGUAUACCGCCGGAUGGACGACUGAAUUUACUCUGGGAUGCGAACCUCUGAGAACCAGUACUCGGCCUAUUGAUAUGCGAUUGCUGAACGUUGUGCACUGGACUUACAUGUUGAAGACCAUUGAUUUGAUAGAGACUAUGGUAUUUGUUCUGAGGAAAAAGAAUAAUCAAAUAUCUUUCCUUCAUGUCUACCAUCAUAUUAGUACAGUGCUGGUGACAUACAUUUGUACAAAAUAUUAUCCCGGAGGAAUGUUAUCAAUGCAAAUGAUUAUCAACGGUUCUGUGCACGUAAUUAUGUACACUUACUAUCUUCUUGCGAGCUUGGGACAAUCAACGCAAGGCUUUUUAAAUCCUAUCAAGCCUUACAUUACAAGGAUACAAAUAAUUCAGUUUUUGUUCCUUUUAUGGCACCAAUCUCAGGCUUUUCUUCCGUCCUGCCCGAUACCAAAGUGGAUUCCUUUUAUGGUCAUAGGAAACCUACUUUUGAACUUGUUAUUAUUUUUGAACUUCUACAAAAAGAGCUAUUCAAAGCGCUCCAAACUAAAGUAAAUUUUUGAAAAUCAUCAACGUUUGUAAAUAUGUAUAGUAGAGAAUUUUCAUCGACUCACGUACAUCGUCAUUGUAUGCCCAUAAAUAUCGUUGCAUUUGUUAUAAUUAGCAAUUAACAAUCGUAAAUUAAGUUUGUAAACUACAAUGCAAUAUAUAUUUAAUGCAUCGCGAUGCAUUCCCUUAUUAAUGCUCCAUUAGAAAGUUUAGAAUGUGUAUUAGGCACCAUAAAAAGUGCGUAAAUUCAUUAAAUACAUAUUGCUAAAUAUUGCAUUAAAUUAUUUUGUAUGAAUAAAAAACAAAAGUCACUUAAAAAAUUUGAUAUUAUACUGUAUAAUAAAUAGUUUAUAAUAUUAUAUGCAAAUCGUUAAAAAAAGUGUUUCCAAAACAUAAAAUAAGCAUAAAAUUUGUUCUGCAUCAUUAAAA